CCAAAAUCCACCCCACGUGUACAAGAAUUGUCAGGGAGCGCAUCGGAAGCGUCCUGACCUAUAUCUUCAUGAUAGACGUGGCCCUGCCCCACACCCGGCCCACCUCCUCCCCCCACGUGGCGGAGUUUGUCACUCGGGUCCUAGAGCGGCUGAAGCCCCUGACGACGGAGCCGGAGAUCCACAACCACGUCCACGAGGAGAACUCGCAGGGGACGGACGAGCGCACCCAGGCUGUCAAACUGCUGAAGACGGUGUUGAAAUGGUUGAUGGCGAGCGCAGGGCGGACCUUUACCACCCCUGUUCAGCAGCAACUACAGCUCCUGCCUCUACUCUUCAAAAUUGCCCCGGUGGAGAUUGAUGAGAGCUAUGAUGAGAUGAAGCAGGACGCUCGCACGUGUCUCUCUCUCAUGUCCCAGGGCCUGCUGUAUCCUGAGCAAAUCCCUUUGGUUCUGGCAGCGCUGGAAGAGAUGGCAGGCAGCAGAUCAUGGCAUGCACGCUACUCAGUGCUGACCUACCUCCAGAUCAUGGUUUUCUACAACUUGUUCACCUUGCUCAGUUUGCCUGCCGAGGUGCUCGCCGUCCGAAAGCUGGUGAUGCAGCUGCUGCUUGACGAACAGCUCGAGGUGAGGGACAUGGCAGGCACCACCCUCAGUGGUUUAUUGCAGUGCCAGUUCUUCCCUCUGGACCCCAGUCUGCAGACACAGCUCCAGACGCUGAGUCAGACUCGCCUCCCCAAGGCAAGAGGAGAGCUGGGCUCCACAGACCUACUGCGGUGCCAUGCCGGCGUGCUCGGCCUCAGUGCGUGCAUCUUAUCGAGCCCCUACGAUGUCCCAGACUGGAUGCCUCAGAUACUGAUGGACCUGAGCAACCAUCUCAACGACCCACAGCCUAUAGAGAUGACGGUGAAGAAGACCCUGUCGGAGUUCAGGCGUACUCAUCACGAUAACUGGCAGGAGCAUCGGCAGAGCUUCACCGACGACCAGCUACUCGUACUCACGGACCUGCUGGUGUCGCCCUGUUACUACGCCUAGAGAGCUCCACUCACGGGCCGUUCUGUAAGAAGCAACGGCGCUGUGGUCCUUUGUGCAACGCGUUAAAGUAGUAGUGCAAUGGUAUCUGUUUAAAAUAUUUAACUCACUUGGUGCGUUCAUUUUGUCUCGCCAAGCAGCUGAGCAGCCCCAAAGGUGGCCACUUUACUUUCGAGAUGAUCCCCCUUGAUGGGUGUCUUUUGCUGCUGUUGUAGAAUACACUCAUUUGCCAGAAAACUCUGUAUAUCUUCACACCACUGUUCUUAUUAUGGUUUAUUCCUUUUAUUUAUUUCAAAAAGUUAGUUAAGAAUAUUAAAAAGUUAGAACGGUCGAUUACCAAAAACAACAAAAACAUAUAUGAUGGCACCAAAUACUAGUGUUUCAACAGUUCUAAUGUACCCCAACACUUACAAAUAAUAUUGCAAUGUUUAUAAUACUGCAUAAUAUAUAGAAAUUAUUGACAAACAUCAUGGAAUUGAUGCAUAAACAAAGGCUGUAUACAAAGACUAAUGACAUGUUGUAGUAUACAACAUAUUCAUGUAAUAUACAGCUCGUGUUGUAUUGUACAAUAACUGUGAUUUGUUUUCCUGGUAAAUAAAUUCACUGCAUCAUU